AGGUGAAGUUUACUUUUAUUAUAUUCUUCACCCUCACAGAGAAGAAUAAUAAGAAAUAAAAAACAUACCUACCAAAAAGCAAUCAAUAACUUAAAUCUGAAAGAGAAAGUACGUAACAAGCUAGCGAAAACAAACGUCUGACAUGUAGCACGCUUAAAGUAAAAGUGAUUUUUGGAUAGACCGCGCUUGCGCGAGAGGGGAGACGACGUCACUUCCGUGCCUAAACACUCGUAGAUACCUGAGGCAGCCAUUCUAGAGAAUGGCGAAUCAACGACUGUCUGAUCUCUUCUAAGCGGAGCUUAAGGUAAUAUGCAUAAGACCUUUGGUAAGCUGCACGUUCUGGUAGAUCUGACGCAGUCGACGAUGUCUGAUGUAGUGUACGACGUUGUGGUUGUGGGAGCCGGCGUGGAGGGGUCGGCAGCAGCCUAUUACCUGGCCAAGAGGGGGAAGAAGACCCUGUUGCUAGAACAGUUCCCCCUUCCACACAGCCGGGGCAGCUCCCACGGUCAGUCCCGCAUCACCCGCAAGGCCUACUCCCAGGACUUCUACACAGAGAUGAUGCAUGAAGCCACCGACAUCUGGCGGCAGCUCGAGAAGGAAGCCGGGUGGGAGGUGUUCAGACCCACUGGUUACCUGGCGAUGGGGGAACAUAACGGUGUCUUCCUUCAGGAUAACGUGAGUUCCCUCACGCGGCACGGCGCUUCGUUCCAGUACCUCCCACCCCUUGACUUCCGCCGUCGUUACCCCAUGCUGGCAUACCCCGACAACUACGCCGCUAUCGUGGACCCCGACGGGGGAAUUCUUCGGGCUGACAAGGCGCUCCUUGCUUACCAGGGGAUGUUCCAAAAAUAUGGCGGACGGCUUAUCGACGGUGCCAAGGUAACCAAUAUCAGACGUGGUAACAUUGUUACCCUGGACACGCCCAACGCCAGUUACCGGGGUAGAAGCGUGAUCAUAUGUCCAGGACCCUGGGCGUCCCAUAUACUUCGUCCAUUUGGGGUCAAGCUUCCACUUAAGGUUGUACGGAUCUGUGUGUUGUACUGGAAGGAGCGACAGCCGGGUAGUCAUGGCGCUAGUAAACUGCCAACAUUUUAUGAAGACAAUGAUGGUUACCCUAUUUACGGUCUUCCAAGCGAGGAGUACCCCGGACAUGUGAAGAUCUGUCUUCACCUCGGUCCUGAAAUGGAAGCCGAGUCACGUGACCAGGUAGACGCGAAGUGGGUGAUUGAUCGGAUGAGGAACUAUGUUCGAGACCACUUUCCUGGACUGGAGCCAGCGCCGUCUAUUGUUGAGACAUGUAUAUACACGAACACGCCUGACUGUCACCCUGUCAUCGACUACCUUCCCAGCUCCCGCAACAUCGUCCUCGGCGCCGGCUUCUCAGGUCACGGGUUCAAGUUGUCCCCUGUGGUGGGCAAGGUACUGGGUCAGCUGGCGUGUGGGGAGACGCCCUCGUACGGCCUUACCCCCUUCAGGAUAGACAGGUUCCCCCCACAGGCUGGCCUCUGAUGGGACAGACCGAUAACUGGUUCGUGUGUGAUAAUGGUUCAUUCAGUGACAAUAAAUGACAACAGUUACUGUGGAACCAAGAA